CUGGGGCUAACAAUAAAAAUAGGCAGCUAUUGUCACAUCUCAGGCAGUCUACAUGCGUUUGCGGAUGAUAUAGAAAUCCAUCAAGGAGCACAGUCCCUUAAGGAAUAUGGAUUUGGCUCGCACUCUAUAAAGAUCUUCUUUUGCGGAACCUGUGGUGCAAAUGUGUACAACAGAUCGGUGAACCCAAAGUUCAUCUAUGGCAAAUGUGCUAUCAAUGUGCGCCUACUCCAAGGGGUUGAUUUGGAAGCCAUAGAAGUCACUAAGCGUGAAGGCAAGGACUUCUACCCGCCACCUCUAGAGGUAAAUUCUUCUUAG